AUCAGUGACGCACAGCCAUUACUUUUAUGAAGUCUCCACCCUGACGCGAGUGGAGCGUGAAGCGAAAUCUCCUGCUGUAUCGAUACAUGCACACCUUGUUCCCGUAGGAUCAAGCUGUGUAAGGACAAACAAGGAUAGAAGCUGCUCCCCAGCUGACGAAAAAUGCUCCUGGUGCAGCCAUCACCCGUAUCCUGACAGUAGGGGAACCAGUCUUGUGACUGGUUUGAUUUGGUUCAAGGACACAACAGCAACAACGCAAACAACACAGCUAUGCAUGGUUCUGUCAACACCACAUACGCUGAAUCUGCUGAACCUGAUGAACCUGGUGGGAACAGUUAUGCAGCCCGCUUUGUUGCUUCUGUCAUCGUCUCGACUGAAGCAUCAGCAUCGAUUUUGGGCAACGCUCUUGUGCUAUUUGUCUCUUUGAGCGACAUUCAAGUGCGGCACCAUCGUGCCAGUCUCCUUGUCGUGUCCCUCGCACUCACCGACCUGCUGACGGCCUUUCUCGUCAUGAUUCCCUCCAUUUUUGCGCUCAGUGACCCCCUUUCACGCCCUCUUGGUUACCCGCCGUUCUGCACAUUUCAUGCCAUAUUAAACUACUGGUUGACAACCACGUCGAGUAUCACACUUGCCAUGAUUGCGCUCGAUCGAGGGCUUGCGAUUCGGCGACCACUGGAAUAUGUGCAACGUUCUACGAUGAGUCGGAUUUGCCGGAUGGUAGCCUUGCCCUGGACCCUCGGCAUCGUUUUUGCUCUGGUACCGGCACUGCUUCACUGGACAGACUACCAGUUUGACAACAUUGUGUGCGACGUCGACUGGCAUCCGCGACAUGAGCACAGGCUCUUCUACGCGGCCCUCUUCACUAUUUGCUUCGCAAUACCUGCAGCUAUAAUUGUUGUACAGUACGCACGCAUCAUGCUUUCGGUGCAGCGCCUCCACGCAACUACGCCAGCACCGAUAGGCCUUCCGCAAAGGUGUAAGGCAAAGGACAGUGACAGUACUUCAUCGCAGUCUUCACAAAACAGUGACGGGCAUCAGAAGAUAUUCCUCAGUAUCCUGGCAGUGAUAGCAAUCUUCUUUGUUUGUAUUACGCCCUUCUGCUGUACGAAGUUGGUGAAAGUGCUCUAUGGACCUAAAGCCAUACCGGACUGGCUGGACAUGCUGUCGACUGUCGUGCAGUUCCUCGCGUCGGUUGUCAACCCAUUUGUGUAUUCAAUAGGCCUGCGAAGCUUCCGCGAGGCACUGUGCAGGUUGAUACGGACCGGAAGGCAUCGUCUGCUUUUGUUCUACAGCACAUAAAUGUGCUGCUGUACCGGUGAUGCAUUCUUUGUAAAAAGCAGUUACAGGAUUGUAAACAUGAACUGUGAACAUAAACUUAGAGUGCCUGUGAAACAUAUGCAGACAGGCCAAAACGUCACAGUUAUUAGUUUUGUGCAGAUCCAAGUUAUACAUAGAGCCUGAAGUUUUAGGGUUUAGCCCGAUUCUUCCUCGAAUUUGCACCCCGAAUUAAAGGUUGCCUCUUUAGGGUGAAACCCAAUUUUUACCCGGCAAAUUGCCCUCACCGAGACGUCAGUAGGAAUUCAGGCUAACUUGUUUGGCAGCAAAUGCAGUUACACCACCAUCUGUACCAACCCAGUUCAGUUAGUUUGAGUAACUAUGUCCGAUUUCUCCCCGAAUUUGGCGUACUGGAAGUUUUUCCACCCAAAUUUAGAAAAAUAUACUUCCUGAAAACUUCAGGCUCUAGUUAUACAUGAUGUAGUAGUGAUAUGCACAGUGACAGAGCCAGCAGAAAGAGUUGCUAUGGUUAAAUUUAGAAACACCAUAUGAAAGUUGAAAGUUGGGUGUGAUUUUACUCAGUUGAAUGAUUUGGUUUGUAUAAUUUGACUUUAUCAUGUCUCGAUAUAAUUGAGGAAAGCUGAAGUGGAUCAAGUACUCUUGGGCAAGUGUCUGCAAGGAUAUCAAUAGCAGUGAACUGCAGAUCGUGCUCUUUCAUGUGUCAGUUGCGCUGUGGUUGAAAAGAGGGUAUGCCACAUGUAGCAAAGACAUCUUCUGCUGUACACUUUUUAAUACUGUAUUUAUUAAUUGUGCAAGCUGUGCUUUCAAACAAUUGUUGACACGCAGCAUCUCUUUAUGGCAAUGCAUUCAGCAGUUGCUGUUUUUCUUACAGCCCUACAGCCCCAAUGCUGUCUGUGAAUGAGAGGUCUGUACAGGAAGCACAGAUAAACGAGAUAAUAAAGUCAUAAAGAGAUAAGUGCUUCCA